AUGCCUCCGCGUUUUAUUAUUCAACCUUCGUUGAAGGCCUUCACUGGCUCUUCUCAUGUGCAGACUCCGUUCGCCGCGCUGGCUUUGAACCCCUCAAAAACCAUCGUCAGAGCUGGUUCCGCAGAGACCAGAGAAAGAAAGCGACAUGACCCCUUCGCUAUGGCCCAGACUCGCCAGCGCAAGGCCGCAAAUCUAUCCCGCCAGCAGGCCCUCGAGGCGGAACGGGAUGCUUCCCUUGGAGACCCCAUUGAAACCGAGCCUACACCUUUCAUCCAGCAGAUCAAGUCCCAACUCGAAUUGCAGGGCACGACAGGGGCCGAGGCCAAACCGAACCACUUUAUAAAACCCGAAGAAAUCCAGGAAACCAUGGAGUUCUCCAAGGACCUGACAUCACCCAUUGCAGACGUGAACCGCAACAUCGCAGACCCGCAACUUGAAAAGGAAGCAAUGAAGGGACAUGCUGAAGAGGCUCAGAACACCGAGGAAGCCAUCAGACGAAUUGUGAACCUCAACAAUGGAAACACGAAAGACCGUCUCCGCGUCAACAUCCAGAACUGCAUUGAGACAUUCGGGCGACACAACACCGAUACCACGCUGCCGCCCAAGCCCACCGCCGUAUCGAACCAAUCGGGCACUGAGCGUCCAGAAAAGACCCCUCGCGUUGGACCGGAUACGGGCUCCCCCGAAGUGCAGGUUGCCGUCCUUACCACGAAGAUCCUCAACCUGUCCCGGCAUCUGCAGACAUCGAACAAGGAUAAGCACAACAAACGCAAUCUUCGCCUUCUCGUUCACAAGCGCCAGAAGCUGCUCAGAUAUCUACGGAGGAAGGAGCGGGGUGGACCCAGAUGGCAAAAUUUGAUGCAGACUUUGGGCCUGACGGAUGCUGCUUGGAAGGGCGAAAUUAGCAUGUAA